AUAAUUGAUUCGACCAAUAAAGUCGUGUUUGCUAUUUUCGUCGAUGCUGUGAUAACCAACCGGAAGUGAAGAAAUUCUAUUUGGAGAAAAAAAAGAAAAAAGACGAGUCUAUUUAAUUGUCUUAACCAUGUUAAUCAAAGUAAAGACGCUUACUGGAAAAGAGAUUGAAAUAGACAUAGAACCCACAGACAAGGUGGAAAGAAUAAAAGAAAGAGUAGAAGAAAAAGAGGGAAUUCCCCCACCACAACAGAGAUUGAUCUUUAGUGGUAAACAAAUGAAUGAUGAAAAGACAGCGGCAGAUUAUAAAGUGACUGGAGGAUCAGUAUUACAUCUUGUUCUAGCUUUACGAGGAGGAGUGUAGAAUAUAUCAUGUCAUUGUGUUGUUAUGUCAUCAUGGAACACUAUCAUCUAUUCCACAUCUAGGAUUGUUAUUGUACAUAAAGAGGAAUAUGAUUGACGGAAAAAAAUAUGAUACUUUGGGGGUAAUUAAAGUACAAAAAGUACUUGAAAUAGUGAAAUGUAUUAUUUGGUAUUCGUACUUUCAAGCAUUUUCUUUGCAAUAUUUGAUUUUUUUUUAUGAUAAGUGCUUUCACCACAUAUGAGUUCAGUUUUGAAUAUAGAAAGUGUCAAGUUUGACCUUUUUCCUUUACUGCUAAAUAGUUUUCAAAGAAAUUUAAGAUUAGGGAUAUACAUUUGAAAGAAUGAACUUUCAAUUUCUUUUAUUGUUUAUGUAUUAAUGUACAUUUUUGUAUAAAUAAUUUAAAAUAA